ACCGGCCGGGGAGCAGAGUUCGAAUUCGGGGAUAUUUUUUUUAGGUGGGAGGUGCUGGUGGUGGGCAGGGGGGAGAGGAUCCCCGGAUCCCGGAGUUCUUCAGAAAGAGCGAGAAAGUGGUUGGAGCCUGGAAAGCGACGGUCUUCUGGGAAAGGGGGUGCGAGGGGAGAGUGGCCUAGCGGUUAAAGCAGAACGGGAUUAGGGGAGGAACCCGGGGAAGGGGGAAAGAGUGAGCGGGGAGCGAAGCUGGAGCCCACGCUGAGGCCGGAGGAGUCAAGAUCUUCUUCGGGGGUGGGAUCUGGGGUUAAAGGCUACAGGGGAAGGAGGGGUCUGGAGGGAGCGGGGACCGGACGGCCCAGUGGUUAGAGCGGGGUGGCGAUGGAGGACCCCGAGGAGACCUUCGGGGGCGACGGGGACGCCAGCCCGGCGCCUUACGAGGAGCUGGUGUCCGCCAUGGCCGGGGGUCUGUACGGGGAGCUGGAGCGGCUGGUGGGCGCCCACGGGCCCGGCGCGGUGUCGGGGCUGCUGCCGCAGCUGGUGUCGGUGCUGGAGGCGCUGCAGAGGUCUUGCGGGCAGGUGCGCGACCGGGACCAGUCCCUGGAGGGGCUCCGCGACGACCGGCUGCGCCUGCUGGAGCAGUACGAGCGGGAACGGGGCGGCCGCAAGCGGGCCGAGGAGCGCUUCAUGGAACUGGAGGACACGAUGGAGCAGGAGCGCAAGGCGCACGCCGCCACCGUCGCUCGGCUGGAGGGGCAGAGCCGGGCCCUGGAGGGCAAAGCCCGGAGCUACGCCGAUCAGGUGGCCAGCCUGGAAGACCAAAAGUCUCUGCUCUUGAAGGAGCUCUCGGCUCUCAGCCAGACCCACACAAAGAUGACGCAAAGUUACAGGGAACUGAAGGCGCAGCGGGUGGUGUUGGCUGGCGUAGGCCAAACUGGAUCUCCAUCCGUAGAGACAAAAAGGUUGAAGCCCCGACGCAUCCAGGAGCCUUCACAGUUUCUGCCAAGCACCUCAGACCCCGGAGCACCCGAGUCACCGCAGCCCCUAGAGGAUUCUGGAGAGAAUCGGGAGCCGCCCUGCUUGGAGAAGGCACCCCAAAAAACAGCAGGAAGAAACAACUGCCCUUUGGCCCAAGAGAUGGUGCAGCCAGAGAAAGCCGCUUCCCCUGCCCGAGAGGAACGCUUUGACCUGGAUGAGAUUCUGCGCUCCACUCCAGAACUGGCACCUGCCCCACAGCUGCCAAACAGCCCCCUGAAUACCACCCUCGAGCGCAACACGGUCUCACUUUUCGCCGAGGUCUCGGGCCUCAGCCCAGAAAUUAUCAGCGACAUGGAUGACGGAGCCGAUCUGCAGGGGGACGGCUUGGAAACCCUUAUGGCAGAAAACGCACAGCUACAAGAGGCACGGAUCGCUCUGGAUACCGCCCGCCGUCACCUUAUCGCCCGUGUGGAGGAGCUCACUGAAGACCGCGAAUCGCUGCGGAUGGAGCGUGAGGUAGCCAUGGGGAGCCUGAGCCGCUGCCAAACACAGCUGAAGGAGGCCGAGUUGGAGCUCAAUCGGAUCCGACAGGAGUUGGAGGAAACGAGGCGUCCCUGUGAUGACGGGGAGGCGGAAGUGGCCCCCUCCAGGCCUCAGCGGUUCACCCGGGCAGAGAUGGCGCGUGUGGUCAUGGAACGCAACCUCUACAAGGAAAGGCUGAUGGAGCUGCAAGAAGCUGUUCGGCGCACUGAGCUCCUAAGGGCCUCGAGAGAAGAACAGGCAGUCCAGAUGAAAAAGUCGUCUUUCUGGAAAAUAUUCGAUCGCCUAUUUAGCCCCUUGGAUGCUCCAGAGAAAGCUCCGGCAUCCCCCCUGCUGGCGGGGCGGGCCCGAUCUAGCCCCAGCCUGCGAGGUGAAUUGGGACGGAAUGGCGGGCAGGCGUCUCCGGCUUUGAGAUACAUCCCACGAGCAACCUCGCCCACUGAGGCUGAUUCUUCCCCGCAACAGAAGCGCCGUGAACUGUACCGUGAUAUCCGGUCGCACAUCUGGCAGGAGCAUGGUCGGGGACAGAUCCAUGGGUGGAGCCAGCCACCUGCCCUCCAGGGCCAGGAUCCACCUGUAGGGGGUGCUGAAGUGCCUGUCCUUGUGCAGUUACGGAUGCUGGACCAGAAGGAUCCCAGUACCAAGCUCUGGUGUGCCGCAGCAUCGGUCGGGAUGGAGCUUCAAGGGACACCAGAGGCCCUUGCAGACGUUCCUACGCCAGGCAUUUUUCAGGGCACUUUCCACCCACAGGGCGCACCCAGCCAGUGCCUUGAAGGCAGCUCUCGGCUUUGGGUGGCCUCAGGAACCCACUCGGCAAGCGAGAUAAUGCUUUUCGACGCUCAGAACCCCAACCAACUCCUGGAACAUUUUGUGUUGCCUGGAAUUCACAUCCUCUCCCUUGUGUGCGUGCCUGGCCUUAUGGUGCCCGGUCGAGAGAGCCCUGAGCUGGAGCCCGAGAUCCUCGAAGACCCCCUGGCGCCUGGAUCGGACAGCGAGGAUGAAACGCUGGAAAUGGAGGCGGCCGACACAGAACCCACCGUGUGGUUUGGGACCCAGGAGGGAUGCAUCCACAUUCACUCUGCCAAGACGGACUGGAGGCGCUGCCAGGGCAAAGCCCAGCUGAAGGAUGCGGUCCAUUGCAUCGUCCACUCCCAGGGCCGUGUCGCAGCCACCCUAGGGGAUGGAUCCGUGGCCAUUUUCCACCGGAACCCUGUCCGAAAGUGGGACCUGCGUUCUCCGCGCCUGGUCGAUUUGGGAAGGCCGCGGCGCUCCAUUCGUUGCGCCAUCCCGGUGCUGGAUCGGCUGUGGUGUGGAUACGGGAAUCGGAUCUACGUGCUGGAUCUGCGCGCUGCUCGCAUCCAGCGGUACUUCGAGGUGACUUCGCAUCCUGAAAGCCAAGUGCGGCACAUGGUGGCGGCCGGCAGCGGCAUAUGGGUCUCGGUUCGCCUAGACUCCGUGCUGCGCUUGCUUCACGCGGAGACCGGGCAGCCCCUGCAGGAAGUGGAGCUGGGGCCCUACAUCAGCCGCAUGCUUGGGCCGAGUAGCCUCAGCUUAGCUCUGAACAUCACAGCGCUCGGUGCUUUCGGGAAGCGGCUGUGGGUCGGCACAUCCGGAGGCACCGUCCUCUCGUUGCCCUUCGUCUCCGAAGCCGCAGGAAGCUCAGGAUCUCCCGCGCCCGCUGGCAUCCCUUAUUGUGCCAUGGAGCAAGCCCAGAUCAGUUAUCACGGGCACCGGGAUGCUGUUCGCUUCUUUGUCACUGUCCCAGGAUGCAUGGAUCGGUCGUCUUCAGAGAAUCCCAAGGAAACCCACGAAAAGAAACCGAGGAAGCCUUGCUCUUUGGUGCUAAGUGGAGGGGAAGGCUACAUUAAUCUCCGAAUAGGAGAUGACACCGACGAACGCUACGGCGACCUGCUGCUCCCAAACCCCCGCUUACGUCGCGCUGAGCGGAGUCACCUUAUCGUCUGGCAGGUGCAGGCUUGAGUCUGCGGUGACGGGCCUGCCCCUGUGCUGUGGUGACGGGCCUGCCUUGGACUCCCAGUUCAGAGGGAACGGCACAGCUGCUUGAUCGCGGUGGGGCCGGCCCACCACUCCCCCAUCCUCUUUGUAUGGGAAUUGAGCCUCUGGGAGUCUACAGGGCUGUUUUAAUGAAUCUCGCAGACCACGAAUGGAAAAACACCUUCUGGACAUCAGGAUCGGUUUCCCGAAAACGCCCGACGUCCUUCCUACCGCCUCCUUGACUGUCUGUGCUGCCUUCCGACCAGGGCAGUGCAUCGUUGUGCAAUAAAGUUCCCUGCCCGUAUACAGAGGGCACCCUUAUCAGAUCCCGAUACUUUUGCUCCCAUGUGGCAUAACUCACCUUUUACCGCUCAAGCGAGCAAGCGGAAGGCGUCUAACACGAGCUGCCAGGAAGCAAACCUGCAAAUAAGUUACAGCACUGGAGGCUGAGAACCAGGAUUCCUGGGGUGUCUGGAGAAGGCGCGAUGACCAGUUUAUCGGGGAAGGAACUUUUGCGUUCCCUUUUGCCUCCCGCUGUUGACUGUGAUUCUAAUGCACUUUUGAUUCCACGGGUUGGGAUGUGGGGGCAAGACUGGCAAAUCUGGAACCGCGCAGCAGUCGAGAGUUGAAAUGCGGCGUCGGCCUGCUGCGUUACUCUGCAAGACUGGAAGGGGGGAGUUCUCUUGCCUCGCUGUGGUGCCGUCGCUGUAGAAGAGGGGCUGGGAUUGGUUGGUUUCUGGUGCUACUGAGCUAGCCGAAUCCUCCCUGGAGCUCUGACAGAGCGAGGCUUGGCCAGGUUCCCAAUUCGCUGUUGGCUUCUCAGGGUUGCUGUUUGUCUGUCUCAGCAAGAGUAGGGCUUCUCACACACCCCUCAGGAUCAAUGACUGUGUGGGGUUAGUUCUCAAUAAAGCUAUUAAUUUCU